AUGACCGCCAUAAGCGGGUGGGCAGACCAUCCCCCUCACCCCGGGGCCCCGCUGGUCAAUGCCAGCCUGGCCGCUGACGUCAUUGCUGACGUUGCAGCUGAUGUGGCGAAGAGCGGGGGCAUUCCCAGCGAGCCCUUGCUGGGCGCGUCGUGGAGUCCCGAUGGCAGAAAGUAUCUUCUGGCGCUCUGCUCCACUGGCGGGAUGUCCAACCAUCUCUUCUGUCUGGACGCGCCUAAAGAGUGUUCCUCCUCUGCCCUGCUCCCCUCCCUGCGCCCAUCCCUGCACCCCUCCAUGCCCGCCUCCAUGCCCGCCUCCAUGCGCCCGUGCGGGUAUGCCACCCAUGCAGAUGUCCAGCCAUCUCUUCUGUCUGAGAGAGUUCGCUCUGCUCGCAGGCGCUCUCAACCGAACUCUUGUGGUGCCCAUGGGGCCACACGAGCUGACCCUGCUGCUCUCCCUCUUGUUCCACGUGCCCUUCCUGCGCCUUCCUGUGCAACAAACCACUCCUCUCCUCACCUCCAUGCCGCGCCUCCUCCCUCUCUCUGUCCCUUUCCAGCCAACCCUGCCGCUGUCCCUCGUCUUCGACGUGCCCUUCCUUGUGCAGCAGAGAAAUCACAGUGCUUUUUUCCACCUCCCUUCCCCCUUCUCGCCCGCUGCUCGCCCCCUCAUGCACACCACCAGCUAACUCUGCCGCUCUCCCUCGUCUUCGACGUGUACAAGCAGUUCGUGAGUUACCCACCCGUGCUGCUGUUGCCGUGCCCCAUGUCCCAUGCCAUGACAUGUGUAUGCCACCCGUGCUGCCCUUGUCCUGUCCUGCGCGCCUGCUAUUGUCCCAAGACAGCCCUCACCCUCGACGAGUACAAGCAGUUCGUGAGUGCAGGCAGUGAUGCUGUUGCCAUGUGGAUGGGGAAAAUAGGAACGCUCUUUCCCUCUCUCUUUGUCUUCCCUUGUAUCUUCCCACUUCCCGCUCUUCUGCCCUCUCACCUCCUUCCCUCCUUCCUUCCCUCCCUCCUUCCCUCCCUCCUUCCCUCCCUCCUUCCCUCCCUCCUUCCCUCCCUCCUUCCCUCCCUCCUUCCCUCCCUCCUUCCCUCCCUCCUUCCCUCCCUCCUUCCCUCCCUCCUUCCCUCCCUCCCUCCCUCCCUCCCUCCCUCCCUCCCUCCCUCCCUCCCUCCCUCCCUCCCUCCCUCCCUCCCUCUCUCCCUCUAUGAGAGAGAAAACCCAAUGGCAGCACCACCUUCUCUCAUCCCCGUCCUUCUCCCCUUCCCUCCCCUCCCCCCCCCCCCCCCUCCCCCUUCUCCUCUCCCCCCUCAUUCAGCACCAAGAGGGCAGUUCAAGGCGAGCAAGGGGCGCAUCAGCCUGGCGAACGUGUUUGAGUCACCUGACCUGAGAAGUCGCCUCGAUAGCGCCCACUCCACCUCCCUGCUGACCCUCUCCUCUCAUACAGCACCAGGCGGGCAGUUCAAGGCGAGCAAGGGGCGCAUCAGCCUAGCGAACGUUGCGGUGCCGGCAGUGGAGCAGUGGACGUGGUCGGGCCUGCCGGACAAACACUCGCUGCAAGGUGGGUUGGGCUGCAGUGUGGUGUGGCCACCCAAACCCAUCACGGAUUCUGUCUUCUUCUGCAUGCUCGCCCCAAUGGACCUCCCAUCCCUGCUCCCUCGGUCCCUUAACCUUUUUCUAUUCCUUCCACCAUGCCCUCCCCCCAUACCUCCCCCCCCCCCCUCUUCCUCCCCUUCCCCAGCAACCCAUCACGGAUUCCAUCUACUUUCACAUGCUCUCCCCCAUGGACCUCCCGUUCCCUGCUCUGUGUCCUCUUCCCUUCCAUGCAUUCUCACACAUGUCCCCCUCUCCUCCCCACCGCCUGCCCUCUCCCCCUUCUCCCUCCAGCAACCCAUCACGGAUCCCAUCUUCUUUCGCAUGCUCGCCCCCAUGGACCUCCCGUUCCUGCUGCCCCCACCAUCGGGCAAGCAGAGGGGGAAGCCUAAGCCUGCCAAGGUGGUGCCGCGAGACACAUGCCUCGCGUCUCCCGCCAUCCGGUCCCUCUCUCGCUCUCGCCCACCCUCCCACCAGCACCCAUCGGACGGCUGUUUCCUGCCAGUCGACCAAGCAGCACAGUGCAUGCGUGCUGCAGCCAUCGCAGCCCGUCAUCCAUCGGACGGAUGUUUCCUCCCAAUCGACCAGGCAGCACAGUGCAUGUGCACAGCUGCUAUCGCAGCGCGUGUCCCUCUUGUCUUCCUCGCCACCAAUGCCCAGCCACACGAAGUAGCAGCCAUUGCAGCAACGCUUCUUGAGGCUCCUCAACAACAGCCAUAG